AUGAGACUGCAGCCAGGAAAGCCGAUGAGACUGCAGCCAGGAAAGCCGAUGAGACUGCAGCCAGGAAAGCCGAUGAGACUGCAGCCAGGAAAGCCGAUGAGACUGCAGCCAGGAAAGCCGAUGAGACUGCAGCCAGGAAAGCCGAUGAGACUGCAGCCAGGAAAGCCGAUGAGACUGCAGCCAGGAAAGCCGAUGAGACUGCAGCCAGGAAAGCCGAUGAGACUGCAGCCAGGAAAGCCGAUGAGACUGCAGCCAGGAAAGCCGAUGAGACUGCAGCCAGGAAAGCCGAUGAGACUGCAGCCAGGAAAGCCGAUGAGACUGCAGCCAGGAAAGCCGAUGAGACUGCAGCCAGGAAAGCCGAUGAGACUGCAGCCAGGAAAGCCGAUGAGACUGCAGCCAGGAAAGCCGAUGAGACUGCAGCCAGGAAAGCCGAUGAGACUGCAGCCAGGAAAGCCGAUGAGACUGCAGCCAGGAAAGCCGAUGAGACUGCAGCCAGGAAAGCCGAUGAGACUGCAGCCAGGAAAGCCGAUGAGACUGCUGCCAGGAAAGCCGAUGAGACUGCAGCCAGGAAAGCCGAUGAGACUGCUGCCAGGAAAGCCGAUGAGACUGCUGCCAGGAAAGCCGAUGAGACUGCUGCCAGGAAAGCCGAUGAGACUGCUGCCAGGAAAGCCGAUGAGACUGCUGCCAGGAAAGCCGAUGAGACUGCUGCCAGGAAAGCCGAUGAGACUGCUGCCAGGAAAGCCGAUGAGACUGCUGCCAGGAAAGCCGAUGAGACUGCUGCCAGGAAAGCCGAUGAGACUGCUGCCAGGAAAGCCGAUGAAGCCAGGAAAGCCGAUGAGACUGCUGCCAGGAAAGCCGAUGAGACUGCUGCCAGGAAAGCCGAUGAGACUGCUGCCAGGAAAGCCGAUGAGACUGCUGCCAGGAAAGCCGAUGAGACUGCCAGGAAAGCCGAUGAGACUGCUGCCAGGAAAGCCGAUGAGACUGCUGCCAGGAAAGCCGAUGAGACUGCUGCCAGGAAAGCCGAUGAGACUGCUGCCAGGAAAGCCGAUGAGACUGCUGCCAGGAAAGCCGAUGAGACUGCUGCCAGGAAAGCCGAUGAGACUGCUGCCAGGAAAGCCGAUGAGACUGCUGCCAGGAAAGCCGAUGAGACUGCUGCCAGGAAAGCCGAUGAGACUGCUGCCAGGAAAGCCGAUGAGACUGCUGCCAGGAAAGCCGAUGAGACUGCUGCCAGGAAAGCCGAUGAGACUGCUGCCAGGAAAGCGAUGA